AUGGAGUUGUGGCAGAAGGAGGGGUCUUACUUCAGCGUGGAACGUCAGGCAGGGCCGACCUGUAUGUUGAUAACAUUAAUCCCAUCUCAUAGCUCUUCUGUCCUUAAUUCUUUAUGGAGCUUUAGAGCCCAAGAUGCCUCCUCUUCAGAUUCUCUAUGUAAUUAUCAUGGGUUCUUGAGUUUCAGAGGUAAAGACACUCGCAAGACGUUCACUGACCACCUCUACAUAGCUUUAAAUCAUAGAGGAUUUCGCAUCUUUAGAGAUGAUGACGAGAUUGAAAAAGGAGAAAAUAUUAAGUUUGAAUUGCAGAAAGCAAUUCAAGAGUCGAAGAUGUUAAUAGUUGUCUUCUCAAAAAACUAUGCUUCUUCGAGCAGGUGUCUUGAUGAACUUGUGAUGAUCCUCAAACGUAGAAGGACUACUGGGCAUGUAGUGCUACCUGUCUUCUAUCACGUGGAUCCAUCACAUGUGAGGAAGCAAAUCAAAAGUUUCAAAAAAGCAUUCACGAGGCAUGAAGAGAGAUUCCAUACAGAAAGAGCUGGAAAAAAAGAUGAACCGAAGGGCAAGAUACAUGAAUGGAGAUCAGCACUCUGA